AUGUCUGUUUCCAAAAAUGGAGAGGUUAAGAUUACCCAUGCAGAGGACAAUGGAGGUUCGAGUCGGGCCGAUGGAGAUGCGAGUUCUUCCGAGGGUCAUGUCUCGUUGGGGGACAUUAUCGAAGGCACGGCUACGCACCAAGCUACCAUUUUUGAGCGCAAAGCUGCACUGGUGAACGCGGAAAUUGAUAAAUUCGGGUUCGGCAGAUACCAGCAAUGCAUCUGGGUGCUGUGCGGGUUCGGAUAUUUCCUGGAUCUGGCUUGGACCCAGGGCGUUGGGCUGAUGGCUACAGCUGUUUUUCAGGAGAUGAAUGUGCCGCCAAGUAGGCAGGGAUUGAUUUUCUCAUGCUCAAAUGCAGGUCUUGCAAUUGGGGCUUUCUCGUUCGGCAUUAUCACAGAUAUCAUUGGUCGCAAGUGGGCCUUCAACUUGACAUGCCUUAUUACUUCGGUUUUCGGCAUGCUCCUGGCUGCGGCCAAGUACAAUUACGCCGCAAUCUGUGGUAUUUAUUUUCUCUCGUCUGUCGGUCUUGGAGGCAACAUUCCCAUCGACGCAGCUAUCGCUUUGGAAUUCCUCCCACAGAAUCGCCGCUUUCUUGUUGCCUUGCUGGGUAUAUGGCAACCAAUCGGUGUAGUCGUUGCAUCAGCCAUAUCUUAUGGUACGGCAGCGAGGUAUAGAUGUGACGUGGAAUUGCCGGCAUGCAAUGCUGCUGGUGUCAACCCUGGCGACGAAUGCUGCUCUAUAUCUAGCAACAUGGGCUGGCGAUAUGAAGUCAUUGCGAUUGGGUUAAUAACCUUCGUUGUGUUUUUUGUUCGGUGUCUCGUUUUCCACUUCCAUGAGUCGCCAAAGUUCCUGAUCAGCAAGGGUCGCGAGCAAGACGCCAUUGAAGUCCUUCGAAAGAUCGCAAAAUUCAAUAAUGCCCCAGCGCCCACACUCACCCUCGAAGACUUCCGCCAAAUAGAUCCAGAUCCAACUCCCAAUUUGGAGACCCCCAAGUCCGCUAAGAAAGUUGCUGUUGGGUUCUUGAAGCGCUUCAAAUAUCUGCGUGGUUUGUUCCAGUGCAGAGCCGAAUGCUUCAGCUUUGCUCUGCUUGCCAUUGCGUAUAUGGGUGAUUAUUGGUCUUUUACUCUAGCCGGAUCCUUUCUUCCGAUCAUCUUGCUACGAAACAACGUGGAAAGUGGCGGGAAUGUCUCAGAGACGUACCGUCAAUACAUUUACAUCUACCUUCCUGGAAUUAUAGGUGCUGUCAUUGCGCUCUUCUCGAUCCAGCUGCCCUUGAUAGGUAGGAAAUGGUCGCUGGUCAUUGCUGCGGUGCUGCAGGGCGUCUCGAUGGCAUUGUAUACACAAGUGAGAAACACGGCUGGAUACGUCGGGCUCAAUGCGCUCGAGUAUAUCAUGCAGACAUACUUCAAUGCAGUACUCUACGCAUCUGCGCCGGAAAUGUUCAACACGAGUUACCGCACGAGCGCCAGCGGAAUGCUAUCCUGUCUAGGCCGUAUUUCCGGAAUUGUGGCCCCGUUUGCUGGUCAAAAAUAUAUCGAAGGGGGGUCGGCUGGGGUGCUUUGGCUUGGAGCUGGUGGAAUUUGGGUCUCAGCCGUUUUCCUUUGCUUCUUGCCAAUUGAGAUGAGCAAUCGAGAGAUGUACUAG